AUGUCUCGUUUGAUCCUGUAUCUCUUGCUGGGGCUUUGCGUCAUGGCGUUCAGAGCUGAGGUACGCGCUCAAGAGGAGGACGCGGACGAGGAGGACGAGGAAGGCGAGGAGGACGAGGAGGAAGAGGACGAGGAGGAAGAGGACGAGGACGAAGAGGACGAGGAGGACGAGGAGGACGAGGACGAGGAAGACGAGGAGGACGAGGACGAGGACGAUGAGGACGAGGACGAUGAGGACGAGGACGAGGAGGACGAGGAUGACGAGGAUGACGAGGAGGACGAGGAUGACGAGGACGAAGACGAAGACGAGGAUGACGAAGAAGAGGAGGAAGAGGAGGAAGAGGAGGAGGAAGAGGAGGAAGAGGAGGAAGAGGAGGAGGAAGAGGAGGAGGAGGAGGAGGAAGAGGAGGAGGAAGAGGAGGAGGAAGAGGAGGAGGAAGAGGAGGAGGAAGAGGAGGAGGAAGAGGAGGAGGAAGGGGAUGGUGGUGUGAGUAUCACCAUCAAUGGUGAUGGCAACACAGUUAUCACCGUCGGAGAUGUGAAUAUCGCUAUCCCAUCAGAUGGUGGUGCCUGUGUUUCUGCUGACAUGAUGGUGCCAAAGAAGGAUUCUGACGGUCGAGUAAAAGACGUCAGGGUCAAAGAUCUUUCCAACGGGGACUUAAUCCGAGGAAUUCAAAUCACAGAUUCCAUGCACGAGGCUUCAUGGUGCAAGGUGGAAGCAGUCUUCCCUUCAGCAGGCGGCCAGAACAAGACCACUCACGAUGGGUUCACUGAAGACCACAUGGUCCUAGGGAUUUAUAAUGUCCACCCGUACGGCAAGAGGGGAGACGUUAAGAACGGCCCAGUGUACACACUUGCCACUGACUGCGAUGCAAUGGUGAACAACUAUGGUAAGGCCUUUACCCCCAUCAGCACCGCUUUCUGCCCGCGCUCUGUACUGAGCUUGAGCGAAUAUUUUACCUUGAUGCAAGCUAUACGAGGUGUCUUCAAUCGUACAGGCUACUUCUGGUUUGACACCUCCGCAUACCAUGACAACAAGACUGCAAAGGUGCCCAGCUGGCUAGAGCAGCUUCCCCAAAUUUGCCAACAGCUGCUGCAGUGCACACGAAAAGGCGAGUGCCAGGAGUUUGAAACUGUUAUGGAAGAGUUCGUGCACAGUCAUGUCAAUAGGAGAUAUGCGACCAUAGUUGAGAGAGAGUUCCCCAACUUGGGAGGCGAUGUGAGUAAGCAGCAGGCGGGCACAAUCACGGAGGCAGUACGUUCGCAAAAUGGAGGAAGCCACUUGAUUGUCUUUGCUACUCUGGGCAGCGUCAUGGUGCUGCUUAUGAUCUUCGCUGUUGGCGUUUUGAUCUACCGCACACGUGUGAUGAAGAAAAAAGCUGAAAAGGAGCCGCCAUUUGAGUCAGGCCAAAAUCAUCCUCAAGCCUAA